AUGCUGAUCGAAGUGAAGAAGGUGGUGAAAGCAGGCUCCGGCUUCCAGGCUUUGUCGGAACUGAUCGCACUGGAUUUCCUCGUCGAUGACCCAGUGAUGGCACUGCUAACCAACUUGACUGACCAUUGGCAGUUCUUCUGGGUUUCCGAGAAGAACAACAGCUAUGUCAUCAUCCAGACAACGACCGUAACCGAACCAGGCGCAGCUUUUGCCGUGAUCAGGACGCUACUUGCGCAGUCACCAAUUGGUGAUGCAGAUAUCACUCUUCCAUGCUUUGAAGAACCCAUGAAGCGACGCAAGCUGGUGAAGAUGUUGCCGACAAUCAGCGAAGGGGGGGACAGCAGCGGCAUACGUGCCGCCAUCGAACGAUACUAUGAUAUCGCAAGCGUGCUGGGUCCUGACAUUGACAUGGCGCGUGCUGCGGCUAACCAAAUUGCUCGAACUAUUCCCGUGUUCAGUUAUUACACCUGA